GGUUAGUCUAGCUGCUCAAUCUCCUUGCCCCACAUGGUCUCCUUCCCACGAUGUGCUAGCCGCCGCCGCCGCCUCGCGCUGCCGCGCAGUGCUGCACCAGCCACGGGCGAGCUCCGUCCCCGCUGCCCACGGGCUCAGCCCCGGCCGCCGCCGAGCGCCGUCCCCGCCGCCCCCGGGCUCAGCCCCGGCCGCCGCGUCCCCUCCACCCACGGGCUCAGCCCCGGCCGCCACCGAGCGCCGUCCCCGCCUCCCCCGGGCUCCGCCCCGACCGCCGCGUCCCCGCCGCCCACGGUCUCAGCCCCGGCCGCCGCCGAGCGCCGUCUGCGAAGAUCUGAUUGGAUUCAUUACUACGUUGGUCCAUACGACUAUGCUAGCCCAACGUCUCAGUACAAGCUCAGAAAGAUCCAUAUCCGUAACCAAGAUGAACAAACACAGGAGAUAAACCUUUGGGGCGAGGAUGGUGAAACAUUUGACGAAAGCGUGGUCCUCAGCAAAUCAGAUGGGAAGAUUGUUGUUUGUGUUUUUGCUGGCCUGACCGUUGGAAAGUAUUUAGGUGAUGAUGCUAUGUCAAAAAGGAGUUGAUUCCAUUGAGCACAUUGUGGCCUUGGAAGAGAAAGUUGUGCACGGAUUAGAUGUAUUCGCUUGCUCAAAGCUUGGUCCAGUAUCCAAUCGUAGACGAUGGAUGUGCCUCUACUUCAUAGUUCAUAUAUCUGCUUGUUUCUGUGAGCUAUGAUGUGUGUGCCGUGCUAUCCUCACAUACAAUUUCUUUCCGGUUACAGCAUUUGAAGUAUAUAUUUCAGUUUCGAACUUUUAGGUGCUGGCUAUUUACAAACCAUUGAAUCUCUGAAUACUUUGGUUACUGCAAUUUCAAUCUCUGAAUAUUUGAAGUCUGCUUGAUUCAGUGAACUCCUGCAGUGUUGGGGUCUAGAAAGAAAAAAAAUUGUAUGUAUCACUGAAUGUAAUGAUUUGUCUUGGGAACCAAA